CAUUUCUCCACAUACCUAAAAAUUAACAUUUUUUCUGUCGCCGGGCGGAUCUCAGAUUCCUAAAAUAUUCUUUUUUUUCCCCCCGGAGAGCGUGGUGGGCGUGGCCUCUGACGUGUAGUAGAGCAAACCUGUAAGCUAUUGACACCUGGAGACACCUGGAGACACCUGGAGACACCUGGAAGUGAUGUUGAAUCCUGUGUUCCUGCUCAGCUGUUUGCUGCUGAGUUUGGUCUCUUCAGCACCACUGACUUCAGACAGUGACUCCUGGUCGGCCUCUUCCUCUUCCUCUGAUGAAGAUCUACAGUCGCCUGCUGUGGUGGAAGCCCCGCCCGGUGUGAUCAUGGAGGUCGCGGACACGAAAACAAACGUCACCUUGAGCUUCGCCAUCUUCAUCCUCGCUGAUGAGAAGGAGGGUAGCGGGGCUGAUGGAGGAGGAAGGUCUGACGAAAACAGCGCGAGCAGCGAGAGCAGUGAAGAAAUAACAACACAGCACAGCCAACCAAUGGGAACACUUGUCCCAGCUGAGACUGAGCCAAUGACUGAAGAGGACACAAAGAAACACCUGUUAUCAGAGGAAAUGAUGAGCGAUCAGCCGAUGUUUACUGUCUCUGAUGAUGAAGCUGCAGCCUCCAAAGGGAGCAAUAUGAAGCAAAAACUGACUCUUUCUGAUGACUCUGAUGAUUUUAACAACAUGAUGUUAAACGACCAGGGAUACGUAGCUACUUUCGAUUACUUUGAUGACAAAAACAACAGCAGGUCUGAGUUUACUGACAAUACAAACAACAAGGAGACCGAUGAUCCAACGUUUCCUCUUUCUGAUGAUUUUAAUAACAGCACAGAGAGCAGAGAGAUCCACAGUCAGCCAACUGUAACUCUUACUGAUUACUCCGAUGACAAAAACAACAGCACAGAAAGCAGAGAGUUGAAUGAUUUUGAUUACUCUGAUGACAAUAACACCAGGUCUGAUGAACCAACAUCUCGUCUUUCCAAUGACUUUAGCAACUCGUCGUCCUCUGAGGUCUUUAAUCUGAACCCAAACCUGCAAGGUGUCACGUUGAAUCCGGACACCCAGAGUUCAGGAAGCAACCAGCAGGGGGCGUUUGAUGUCAAUGCUGCUCUGGAUCCAGAGUCGCAGGAGGUGACAAGUUCAAGCUUAGAGAAAAGCCAGGACAGGGUGGGUUCAAGCCUUCAGGAGGUGUUUCGUUCCAUCCAGGAGAUUGUAGAUCUGCUUUCAGGCAACAAGGGACCAACAGGGGUGAAGGGUCGCCAUCAUGAGGUUCUUGGUUUAACUUCCUUCACUGGCAGUCAGAUGGAUUUUAGUCUCAGCUCUGAUGAGAGUAAUGAGAGUUCAGAAUCUGAUCCAAAGAAUCAGACCAGUGUUAGUUCAGGUCCUGACAGUGAUGAGAGUCUGGAGGCGACCAGCUCCAACACCCAGAAAGGCACUGGUCCAAGAGAUUCCACAGGGCCUGUUACUGGUCCCACAGCAAGCUCCGUCUCUGCUGUGAUACAUCCGGAUCCAGACAGUAAAGAGGUUCCAGACACUUCUGCUGGGUCCACUCAAGCAGAUAAGAGGGGUAUCUUGAACCUGGCCAGUUCAGAUCAGGGUGUAGCACCUAUGAUCUGGAGCAUGCUGAAAAAUACUGUGUCCCAGCAGAGUACUGGGUCCUUCUCUCAGGUGGGCGUUAGUUUGAACCCCAGUAGCUCUGAGGAGAGUCAGGAAUCUGUUGGUACAAAGGAGGUUGUGGGUUCAGGUCCUGUCCCCAAAGGUGGUGGUCCAGAGGUCAGAUCCAGCAGCGAGGAGGUCCAGUUGGCUCUUUCGUCUGUUUCCUCUCCCAUCACUUCCCCUCAAACACCAACUGUUCCUGAGAGUCUCAGCUCAGAAUCAGAAGAGUCUGACUCAUCUGGACAUGGACCUGGAUCUCAGGGAGCUGAUUCAGGGUUCCAGUCUCGCAGUACAGAUCCCACCCUUACCUCCAACUCCAGCUCCAUCAGUCAGGAAGAGUCUGAAGAAUCUCCAACCAUCAAGGUCCCCACAGAUGCUAACUCUGAUGCUAGCAGAGAAGCUAACCCAAUUGUAGACUCCAGCACUAAUACUGCUAGCAUCGCUGCCAGCUCUGAAGCAAGUGUGGAUGCUAAUCCUGUUAGCGGUGUAAAAGACGCCGAUGCAGAUUUAAGUGCUGAAGCUACGAUUGAUUCUAGCUACGAUGUUAGCAUUGACACAGACCCCACUGAUGCUAGUGUGCAUGCUAGCUCUGGUGCUACCACUGAUGCUGACACAGACACUGGCAGUGAGUUAAGGACUGAGGAAGAUAACAAUGUUAGCACAGAAGCUAUAAGUGAUUCUGUUAGCAUAAAACCAGCUGCCACUGCUAAGUACAGCACAAACCCCUCUGACUCCAGAGCUAACACUGAUGCUAUCGCUGAUUUAGAAAAGGAGCAAGCAGGUACAGAGGUUAGCACUGAAGCUAACCCAAAUGCUAACAGACUCAAAAGUCCCAACCAGUAUGCUCGCAGUGAAGAAAACAUGGCCUCUCCUCCUCACAGAAAGAAACCUUAUCGCUUCGGCUUCCUCGGUCCCAUCAGUCAUUUCUAUAGCAACCAACCCGUUGCCAGGGAAACGAUAGUAGUGAGACAUCAUCCAAAUGACGAACAUCACCACCAGCAGCAGGUCAGUCGUCAAACUGACAGGAAGCUAACAAGGAUUAGCGUAGCAACGGCGGGUAACCUGGCUAAGAGUAGCAGCGAGGAGACCAACCAAUGAGGAUGGUCGGUUUUCCUGUCAGAUAAUUAGGUUGUUAAUGUACCGAAUUAUUUUAAUUUCCCAUUAUUAUUGAUAUUAAUGGUCAUGUUGACUGAAACAUCAGCAGGUUAAGAGUUCAGAACUCUACUGGAGCAUCUGGUUCAUGGCUUGAACUUUUUUAUCUUCUAUGUUCAGUGUUUCAUUCUCCUUUUUUUCUUUCUUUCUUUAUUGACCUUUGGACUCAAAGAAAAACAAAUCAACAUCCUGUUUGACCCAGGUGUUUCAUUAAUGAUUGUUCGCUAAGCCCCGCCUCCCUUAGUUACUGUUGCUAGCCUAACACAGCGCAGCACAGUUUACAGUAACCAAAAGGUACAGUAUUUUUUGAAACAAUGGAUUCUGGACUUCAGUCAGAAGUGAAAGCAGCUUCUUACAUGCUGCAGGCUUGCAGGCUACAUACAUGUUAUCAUGCUAAGACGCUAAAGCCGACAGGUAAAUGUGAUGAAAAUUCUCUGUAUGAACACCUUUCAAAUUUAAUGUUUUUGUUCAACAGAGCAUUCACGUUUGUAGUCCUAAAAGCAGAAAGUGUCAAUUUGUAGUCUUAAUGGCAGUAAAAGUGUCGUUUUGUAGUCCUAAAAGUGGUAAAAAAGUGUUUUUGUAGGUUACAGUGGAAAUUUUGUUUUGUUCAAGGUGGAGUCUUGUUUUGUAGUCUAACAGUGGAAAGUGUCCAUUUGUAGUUCUAAUGGUGGAAAAACAAAUGUCAGGAAACAGUAUAACGUUUCUUCUUCGCUAGUUUUCUGUGGCUGACUUGCUCCGCUGUCCUCCGUUUUGGCGUUUUAAUGAUGGCGGAGUAUCUCUGUGUGUUCACGGCUUCAACACACCUGCUGUGACUAGUGAAUGUCGCUGUGCUCUGAUUGGCCUGUCGCUGUCGGGGGGGAGGGGCUUAAUGAACAGUCAUUUCAUUAAAGACAUUUGCUGACGCUGUUGUCUCCGUAUCAGCUGAUCUAACUGUAUGCCGUAUUUUUCUGACUUGUUAUUCUAACGUUGUAAUAAAUGUACAUGAUAUCAGUGUUUCUGUCUACUGUCGACUUCCUGCGGUGAUGACAGGUCACAUGACUACAUGAUGUUCACUUAUUAAACUUUGUCCCUCCUGCCUCUUCAAAAGGAGACUCAUGAACUGUUCAGUG